AUGCCUGAAGAAGGUCCUUUUGUCUCCAAGGAACUCAAGCCUUUCCAGAAGUUGGCUUCCCUCACCUCCAGCCAUGUCAAGUGGUACAUCAGGGAUUGGGAAACCGAGAAUGUGAUUGUCAGCAUUGGAGACUUCCCCAAUAUGCCGUUGAUAGGAACCAAGGGUUGCAUUAACUAUAACCCCAUGUUAUCUCUGAGGCAGCAUGGAUACCCUAUGAAUGGCCCUCCAAAAGUUGAAGCUCUAGAGCCUUUCAUCUUACAUAGUGUUGAAGCAGAUCAUCCCAUGGUGAGAAAGGUCAAAAGGUCUUGGCAAGCAGUUAUCAGAAAAGGUAAGGAGUUGGGUAGGAGAAAUGUCAUUGCCCAAGAGCCUUACACUUGUUGGGUUAGAGAGAGGGUUCAGAUGAUUAAACUCCCUUAUCCAUUUGAUCCUUCUAUCUAUCCAGUGAUUCCUGAUCCAGAGCCCAUAUUACCUGAAGAUGUAGAGAAGCUCAAUGCCCGUAUCAAGGAGUUGGAGUCGGAAAAUGAUGACUUGAGAAUCAGGCUUGGCCGAGUCUCGGUAGAGAAUGGGAACUUGAAAGACGAUCAACAAAAGAAGGACAAAGAGCUUGAAGUCUCCAACAAAAGAGCUAGAGAGUCUGAAGCGAGGAGAGAAAAGUUUGGACAAGCACUCUAUAGCACUAAAUAUGUGUUCAAAUCAAAGGAAGAGGAGUUGGAUAGAGCUUUACUCCGGAUUCAAAAACUCAACAAGACUCUGGAGCUGACCCUUGAGAUGAAAAGAGAAGCACGGUUAAUUUCUGAGAUUCGUACUCGUGAAUUGGAGAAUACAAUUCAGAAGUACAAGGAUGCUCUGGAACGUGAGAAGCUGAAGACCGAAGAGUCAGAGAGAGUGUGCACACGAUUGAAACAUCAUUUGGAUCGAGCCGAUGCUAGAAUCCAGGCACUUGAAGGUGGGGAUCAGAAUGCUGCCUAUAUGGUGUUGCUGAAUGAAUGCAGAUAUUGGAGAAACCUCUAUAGGGACAUAGAGGUGACAAAGGCUGAAGACGUGCGCAUUAUCCAAGAUCUCCAGGGGCUCUACACUGAGUGGAAGGGCAAAUUUCUGAAGCUGUCCGGGUUCGCGAGUUCCAUCAUGCGAUUGGUGAGGGCUAGAUUGAUUGAUACCUGUCACGAUAGCUGUGGAGAAUGUGCCAUUCAGCCGAAGGGAUGUAAAGUAGUACAAAAGGAUAUUCAGAACUUGAUGGAUCAAGGCGUUUUGCAAAUUUCUGGUCCAACAAUUAAUGAGGAAAUUUCGGUCAUUGAACCUGUCUUUAACAUACCAGAACCAUUUGAGGUGACUUAUCACAGGAGAGACAUUGUUCAUCCGUCACUCGUGGUAGUUUGUAUGCCUACCCCAUUUCCUUUUAAGAGCACCAAGGCGGUACCCUGGAAGUACGACAUAACAGUGGUGGAUGGGUUGGUAGAUGGAAAACCCAAAAUUGCUGAAAGUAAGGAAGUUUUGGAGAAUGUUGACACCGACAUCACCAAUAUCGCAGGAACAAGCAGGAUGACCCGUAGUGGUCGGAUUUAUACUCCCAAUGUUAAUGUCAACCCUCAAGAGCCAACAAGGGGAGCUGCAAAUGUAAAUCCUACCCCAGAACAGGGAGGGGCACAGUCGGCUGUGCAAACAGAUGAAGCAAGUGAGUUCCUAAGGAUAAUAAAGAAAUCUGACUACAAGAUAGUUGAUCAAUUACAUCAAACACCAUCAAAGAUAUCUAUCUUGUCCUUGCUUCUGAAUUCCGAAGCUCAUAGGGAGGCUCUACUAAAAGUGCUUUCUCAGGCUCAUGUUACCCAGGAUAUAACGGUUGGCCAAUUCGAUGGAGUGGUCGCCAAUAUCACAGCCUGCAACACUCUAAGUUUCAGUAAUGAAGAGUUGCCCAAAGAGGGGAAGAAUCACAACCUGGGGGAGGUAGAGUUGCCGAUACAAAUUGGACCACAUGUAUUCCCCAUCAAUUUCCAAGUCAUGGACAUAAAUCCAGCUUAUAGCUGCCUUUUGGGACGCCCAUGGAUACAUGUUGCUGGGGCAGUAACUUCUACUUUGCAUCAAAAGAUGAAGUUCGUUGUCGAUAACAAGCUCGUUAUUGUCUCAGGUGAAGAGGACUUUAUCAUCAGUCAACUCUCCUCUUUCCGUUAUAUUGAGUUGCUACAUGAAUAUGUAGAUGUAUUUGCUUGGUCGUAUCAGGAUAUGCCAGGUUUAGAUACUGACAUUGUUGUCCACAAGCUACCACUACAGCCAGAUUGUCCGCCAGUGAAGCAGAAGCUCCGAAGAGCAAGACCCGGCAUGGCUCUAAAGAUUUGUGACGAGGUGAAACGUCAAUUUGAUGCCGGUUUUCUAGCAGUUGCAAAGUACCCUCAAUGGGUAGCCAACAUUGUGCCAGUACCCAAAAAGGAUGGAAAGGUCAGGAUGUGUGUUGAUUAUAGGGAUCUAAACAAAGCUAGUCCAAAGGACGAUUUCCCCCUGCCACAUAUUGACACUCUGGUAGACAACACUGCUAAGUUCGCAGUCUUCUCCUUUAUGGACGGAUUCUCGGGUUACAAUCAAAUUAAGAUGGAUCCAGAGGACAUGGAAAAGACCACAUUCAUCACCCCUUGGGGAACAUUUUGCUACAAGGUAAUGCCAUUCGGUCUCAAAAAUGCUGGGGCAACUUACCAAAGAGCUAUGGUCACUCUUUUCCAUGAUAUGAUGCAUAAGGAAAUUGAGGUCUAUGUGGAUGAUAUGAUUGCAAAAUCUCAAAGUGAAGAGGAUCAUAUGGACCACUUGCAGAAGCUGUUUGAGCGUCUUCGGAAAUUUCGACUACGACUAAAUCCUGCUAAAUGCACCUUCGGUGUCCGAUCCGGAAAGUUGCUUGGUUUCAUUGUUAGCCAACGAGGAAUUGAGGUAGAUCCUGACAAAGUCCGAGCUAUACAAGAGAUGCCUGCUCCACGUACCGAGCGAGAGGUUAGAGGCUUCCUGGGACGUUUGAAUUAUAUCUCAAGGUUUAUCUCACAUAUGACGGCCACAUGUGAGCCUAUAUUCAAAUUGCUUCGAAAAGAUCAAGCAGUUGAAUGGAAUUCUGACUGCCAAAUGGCUUUUGAGAAAAUCGGACAAUACCUGCAAGAGCCUCCUAUUCUAAUUCCACCUGUUCAGGGGAGACCACUCUUUAUGUACUUAACCGUGCUUGAAAAGUCAAUGGGAUGUGUGUUGGGACAACAUGACGAAACCGGUCGAAAGGAACAUGCUAUCUACUAUCUAAGUAAGAGAUUUACCGAUUGUGAAACCCGAUACUCACUCUUGGAGAAAACUUGUUGCGCUUUAGCAUGGGCCGCUCGUCGUCUGAGACAAUACAUGAUUUGCCACACUACUUUGUUGAUCUCCAAAAUGGAUCCAAUAAAGUAUAUUUUUGAAAAGCCUGCUUUGACUGGAAGACUUGCCCGUUGGCAGAUGUUACUAUCUGAGUAUGACAUCCAAUAUGUGUCUCAGAAAGCCAUAAAAGGAAGUGUGUUAUCUGAUUACUUGGCAAAUCAGCCCGUUGAAGAUUACCAGCCGUUGAAGUUUGACUUCCCAGAUGAAGACAUUAUGGUAGUGAAAGACUGUGAAAUCCCAGGACUUGAUGAAGGACCUGAACCCGGAUCUCGAUGGAAGCUCAUGUUUGAUGCAAGGUUGUGUUUUGAUUGCACGAACAAUAUAGCAGAAUAUGAGGCGUGCAUCCUAGGCAUUGAAGCAGCCAUUGAUCUCCGAAUCAAAAUCCUUGAAGUAUGUGGAGAUUCAGCCUUGGUGAUAUACCAAGUUAAGGGCGAAUGGGAAACCCGUGAUACCAAGUUGAUCCCAUAUCGUGCCUAUGUCAUGGAAUUAAUAAAAUACUUUGACGAAAUCACUUUCCGUCAUAUCCCGAGAACUGAGAAUCAAAUUGCUGAUGCUUUGGCUAUGUUGGCUUCAAUGUACCAGGUCAGAUUCCAUAAUGAAGCACCUCUCAUUCAAAUCGAGCGGAAAGUUGAGCCUGCCUACUGCCAGUCAGUUGAAGAGGAAGCCGAUGGUAAACCCUGGUUUCACGACAUCAAGUGCUUUUUGCAAAAUCAAGAAUAUCCAACAGAUGCCACAACCCUUGACAAGAAAACAUUGAGGAAGUUAGCAUCUAAAUUCUUCUUAAGCAAUGGUGUGUUGUACAAGAGAAAUCACGACAUGAUUCUGCUCAGAUGCGUGGAUGGACGUGAAGCAGACCUGUUGAUCAAGGAGAUUCAUGAAGGAUCCUUUGGAACUCAUGCCAAUGGGCAUGCCAUGGCCAAGAAGAUUUUGAGAGCUGUAAAUGUUUUGACGUUACCUUGGCCUUUCUCAAUGUGGGGCAUCGACAUGAUUGGCGCCAUCGAGCCUAAAGCUUCCAAUGGUCACCGAUUCAUCCUGGUUGCCAUUGAUUACUUUACCAAAUGGGUAGAAGCCGCCUCUUAUGCUAAUGUGACAAAACAAGUGGUUGCACGGUUUCUCAAGAAAGAGAUCAUUUGCCGUUAUGGAAUUCCAAGCCGGAUCAUCACAGAUAAUGGGACGAAUCUGAACAAUAAGACCAUGAAGGAAUUAUGCGAGAGCUUCAAGAUUGAGCACCAUAACUCUUCACCAUAUCGUCCAAAGAUGAAUGGCGCUGUUGAAGCCGCUAACAAAAACAUCAAGAAGAUUUUGGUAUAUGGGAUGGAAGCAGUUCUCCCAAUUGAAGUAGAGAUACCUUCAAUGAGAAUCUUGAUGGAGACCAAGCUAGAAGAGGCUGAGUGGAUUCAAAAUAGAUUUGAUCAGUUGAACCUCAUAGAUGAGAAGCGAUUGACUUCUUUGUGCCAUGGACAAUUAUACCAGAAACGGCUUAAAAGGGCUUUUGACAAGAAAGUACGUGUUCGGGAAUUCAGAGAAGGAGACCUCGUGCUUAAGAAGAUCUUGCCAAUACACAAAGACUCAUGUGGGAAGUGGACUCCCAAUUAUGAAGGCCCAUAUGUUGUAAAGAAAGUUUUCUCCGGAGGUGCCUUGAUUCUCACAACUAUGGAUGAUGAAGAACUCUCACACCCCGUGAACUCUGAUGCAGUUAAAAAAGUCUGCCAACCAGCUACACAAUCUUCUGUAGUUGGUCCCUCGUAUGCAACAACUACAUCAGUCCAUUCAAGUUCGGCUCCCAUCCUGAAUUCUUUAACCGAUUCUUCUCAUUCCCAUCGAAAUAGUGCCUCAAAUUUGGUUGCAAAAUGUUGUGGGAACCUUAAUCCUCGUCCAAUAACUCAUGGGGUUAUUAAGUCGGAAAAUACUAGCCUAAAAGAAACCAAUAGAAUAUCAACAGAUCAAGCAACUACUGCAGUCCAAGCUUGUAGUUCACUUACUGAUGCUGAAUUGACAUUUAAGGAGAGCAACCCACCUAAAGAGCUGCAAGGAAGCGUUGCAAAGGAAUCUGGAAAAGACAGUCAAGAGAAGAAAAAGAAUCACAUAAAGUCACUUCUUGUUGCUGCAUUUGAGUGUGAACCUCUAUGCAUAAUCCGUUUGCUACAGUCGAAAUUGCGGAUUGGAUACGCCGAGCAAACUCUAUUAGCUGCAUUAGGCCAUGCUGCAGUGUACUCUGAAGAACAUUCUAAACCGCCUCCUGGAAUUCAGUCUCUUCGCAUGGCGCCUAUGCUGUCAAAAGCAACCAAAGGUGUAGCAGAAAUUCUAAAUAAGUUUCAGGAUGUAGAGUUUACGUGUGAAUAUAAUUAUGAUGGUAACAAGCUCAGUUGGAUUUUGCGUCAAGAAUGCUUCCACUUCUUUCAAAGUAUUGAUUGCAGGUUGAAAGGCAGUGAAGUUGAAGCGUUGCCCUCGAAACGAAUGACAGAGCCAGACAUCAUUUUGAAAGUCGCAUAUAUCCAACAUUAG